ACAAGGGCCUUAAUAAUUGUUUAUACCAAAUAAAAAAGGGGCCCUUAAUAAUUCAACUCUGUAGUUAAUAAUAUAAUCCUAUAUUGAGAUAUUCAUUCAUUCACCUCUCUAUAAAAUACCUUUCUUUGUCUCAUAGCCUCCCCAUUCUCUCUCUCUCUCUCUCUCACAACUUCCUUGCAAAGCUUUGUGAAAACUAACCCAACUUUCUCUUGUGAUACUCAUAUCUCCAUACAAGUUUUGAAGAGGAGUUAUUGAACCAUUUUGUGUGUAAUUCAGAGAUGGAAAGCUCUUUGUUGUAUGAGGGUGACCUUAAUCUAAAGGCAACCGAGCUCCGAUUAGGUUUGCCAGGGACGGAUGAUCAGCCCGAGCAACAGAACGCGGCUAAUGGAAGAAACAACAAGCGGUCAUCGCCCGAAUCGGCUGACGGAGGCUCGAAGGGAAACACCGAGGCUGAAGACGGCAACCGUGGGAGCGCUCCCGCGGCCAAGGCACAAGUAGUGGGUUGGCCACCGGUCCGAUCCAACCGGAAGAACAGCUUCUUGCCAAAGAAGGCCGAGGCCGAGAUCGGAAUGUUUGUGAAAGUAAGCAUGGAUGGAGCCCCUUAUCUUAGAAAGAUUGACAUGAAGGUUUAUAAGGGCUAUUCAGAGCUCCUGAAGGCUCUGGAGAACAUGUUCAAACUCACCAUAGGUGAGUACUCAGAGAGGGAAGGCUACAAAGGAUCAGAAUAUGCACCAACUUAUGAAGAUAAAGAUGGUGACUGGAUGCUAGUUGGGGAUGUUCCAUGGGAUAUGUUCAUCACAUCAUGCAAGAGACUGAGAAUCAUGAGAGGAUCAGAAGCAAAAGGCUUAACUUGUGGGGUAUGACAAAAAGACACCGCAGAAACCCAUACGGCAAAUUUGGGAAGUGAAGAUUUUCCUCUUUAUGAACAUACAAAUCUUUGAUCGAGCUUGGGUUGUUCAAGACUUUUUAUUUUGAACGCACGAUACCCUCUUUGCUCCGGAUUUCGACUGAGACGAGCAAGCAGAAAACAGAGAAAGAACAAGAGAAUUGAAGAGUUCUGUGUAGUAGUAGUAGUAAGUUGCAGAGGCAGUUCCAUGGUGGUUUGAGACCUGUUAUGUUGUAUUGUUUUAUUUGUAUUAGUUAGAUCGAAUCGAAACUCGAUGCCGAACAAUGCUCAGAAGUUUUGGUUAUAUAUGUUGUAUGUAUAUCAAACACAUCUUUGGUUCUA